UCUGAGAAUACAGCUGCAGGGAAAUCCAGAACAGGUAAUCAGUGAUGGAACUGAAAAAUAUCACUUCCUUGGGUGUGGAAUCCUGGAAACAAUAUAAAAGGAGUUAGUGGUGCAAAUGUUUCUCACUUGGGUAAACUAUAGCAAGAAGAAAUGGCAAGAUAUAUUGUCAAAGUUCAACCAAGGCCAACAGACAGAGUUUACAUCAAAUUUUCAGAUAGCCAGGAAAAAGAGUAUCUAAUUCAAGGUGACACUACAAUUGAGUUAAGCGAAACACCAAAGGAAAUCACCGUACGACAGGAGAGAACUUGGCGUCGUAUUUUCAGAUCAUGGCGCUGCAUGUAUGUGACCAUUACCUCCUUGGACUCGGAGAAGGAACUCUACUUCCCUGUCUUCAGGGGGAUUGACUCAGCUGGGUUGACCAUCAAGGAAGAUUCAGCGAAGUUACCACACGAUGAUACCUCUGAGGAGAGAAAGGAAUCUUUGAGCAAAAAUCGCAAAUUUCAAGAAACAAUUCAUCAGCAUGAAAAAGACCCAGUCCCAGAGGCAGUUCCUAUGAUGGCUAGAAGAAACAUUGUCGUGGAAAAACCUUCUCAGAAAAGUUCUACAAGCAAUAUCUUUCUCAGUUUCUUACUGGGCAUCAUCAGCAUUUUCCCCGAGCAGUUGCAUUUCACUCACAAACCUGGCCUCCCAGGUUUCGUGAAAGGAGGGAACUUCUUUGACUUGCCAAGAGAACUGUGGUUUGAGUUUGGCAAGAUUUUUACAUUGGUUCGCAAUGCAGUCAAGAUUGAGGCAGAGACAAUUUUCCGGAGACUUUGGAACUUUUGCCGCAAGUGGAAGAAAAUUGAUGACAUCAGGAAUGUGUUUUGGUUUCCGAGCAAAAAAGCAGCAUACAUCUCACAAAACUGGAAGAAUGAUGGUUUUUUUGGCCACCUGUUUCUGAAUGGUUGUAACCCAAUAAUGAUCAAGAGGUACACAGAAGAUCAGCAGAAAAUUCCAAUGGAGACUUUGGAAAAGGUGUACCCUGAUAUUAAGGAAAAUAUCCAGAAUGGAAGCAUCUAUGUGGUGGACUAUGGGAUACUGGAUGACAGGGGAGAUAUACUCAAGAAGACACCACAGUUCUUGGCUGCACCCAUUGUGCUGCUUCUACAGACUGAGGAGGAGCUAAAGCCUAUUGCCAUACAGUUGAUUCAGAAGCCUGGAGAGGACAAUCCAGUUUUCACCCCACAAGACAAUAAAGCCUGGCUCUUAGCCAAGAUCUGGGUUCGGAACUCAGACUUCAACUACCAUGAGCUGGUUUCUCAUCUUCUCAGAACACAUUUGAUGGCGGAAAUAUUCUUCAUUGCUAGCUACGAUAUGGCUGAUCGACAUCCACUAUCAAGGAUUCUUCGUGCAACUGGUCGGUACACCUUACCAAUCAAUAUUACUGCCAGAAACACCCUCAUCAAUAAAGGUGGAUUCUUCGAGGAGUACACAGCCAUGGGGAAUGAGCAUUGGGAGGUUUUAAAAAAAGCAACAGAGAAGAUCACCUAUGAGAGCCUCUGCCUGCCCGACAAUGUGAAGCAGCGUGGCAUCGACAAGCUGAAGAACUUUCACUACAGAGAUGAUGGCAUGGACAUCUGGGAAGCACUAUAUAAAUUUGUUCGUGGAGUGGUGAAUAGAUGUUAUAAAGAUGACGAAGAUAUCCAGAAGGAUCCAGAGCUCCAAGAAAUGGUGAUGUUCAUAUACAACUAUGGAUUUCUGCAGAAGUCAGAUUGCCCCUCAAGCCUGAAAACAAGAGAAGAAGCCAUUAAAUACAUCACCAUGAUUAUGUUCACCUGCUCUGCCCAACAUGCUGCUGUGAACCAUGGGCAGUAUGAUAUCUAUGCCUGGAUGCCAAAUGGACCAACAACAAUGAGGAAGCCUCCACCCAAGAACAAGGAGGUGACUGAAAAAGACAUAAUGGACACUCUUCCAGACAUUACUACAACACUUGAGGCUAUGAAAGUGGCUAGUUUCCUCAGCCAGGUUCCAAAUGACUUUGUGCCACUUGGAGAGUACCCUGAGGAAGUUGCUUAUGAAAGCCAUAUGAGAGAUCCCCUCAUGGAGUUCAAAAGCACACUGAAGGGAAUUGGAGAGAAAAUCAGGAAGAGGUCUGCCUGCCAAGAGUUCCCCUAUGAGUAUUUGGACCCUGCAGGGAUGGAAAACAGCAUCACUAUCUAAUGUAUGUCUAAAUGAGCUGUGUUUUGGUACAGACUGAACACAUACCUUGACUGCUUUUGGUCCCCCUCCCAUCUCUACCCAGUAAUGCCACUACCUUUUGUCCUAAUCCAUACUUUUUUACUUGACUUGCAUUGGUCAUUUUUACUAGUUCUUCAUUGAUGUUUCUGCUGUGGAAAUGCUGUUAGACAUGGCUUACACUAUUGCUUAUAUUGAUAAGGUGAAUGCGCUAAUGUUUCUCCAAGAGUGUAAGUCACUAUGGAUAAGAGUCUCUGAAAUGAAUAUGUAAUUAUGCUGGGGAGGAAUUUUCUGUAUGGCAACAAGACACAUUUUGCAUAGACCGUAUCUUCAUCUGGAACCAUUUUUCAUCUUCAUAAUGGAUAAUGUAUACUGUAGUUGCUUAUAACCUCUGGGGUUGCUUAUACCUUCUAUAAUUCAGUAACUUGGGUGUUGGUACUUCAUAUUGUGUAAGGUUUUU